AUGCGAUCUUUCAGCACCCUUCGACCCCUAUUGAACAAGGGACCAGGGUUCUUGAGCACUCUUAAAGAGGCCAGCAAACCCCCUUUGACAAAACCCGAGAUGAUUACCAAGCCCUUUGGUUUCGAUGACAGAACAACGCUCAAAACUACAGAGAUCUCUGUUUUCAACAUGUUCAGCAAGGAGGGAAAGGCUCAAAGACAAAGACAACUUGAUCACGAUAUUGCACACUCGCCAUUCUACGAGUCAAAGUCUUUUGAAAACACGAAGGGUAAGAUAUUCAUGCCUCCUAUCUCAUAUUUCAAGCAGGAGAAAGCAAAGUACUUCCCAAAUUUGGAGGCAACAUCGCUACUGGGAAAACAUACCAAUUUGUAUUCUGAAUUCAAAGAUAAGGUCUCAUUGGUGCGGAUAUUUGCAACUCUUUCUGGAGAGAAUUGCACAAAAACUUACGUGAGGCAGUAUUUGAACAAGGAGCAAUACGAUGAAUUCCAGAAACAAUAUCCAAAUGCUCAAUUGAUCGACUUGUUUGUUCCCCAGUCUUGGGUUAAGGGCCUAUUUGUCAGCUCAGGUAGUUUGCGCAGAAGUGUUCCCAAGAUCCGCCAAGAUACAUUUUUUCUUCUCCCGCAUGGAUGUCUCGAUGUCGAUUCUCGUAGAACACUCAAGUGUGACAACACAUGUGCGGGAUAUUUGUAUGUUGUUGAUGAAGAGGGCAAAAUUAGAUGGGCUACUUCUGGUAAUGCAACUGAAUCCGAGAAGGAAGUAUUGUGGAAGACAGUAAGAGGACUUGAAAAAGAGCUUGUAAAUAAAAAUGAGACCUGCUGA